AGACUAAGAUACAUACUGAAAUUUGCCUUGGCAUACAUUUGCUUUUGAUGACAUUUUUACCAACCACUAACAAGGUCACUGCGAGAAAGAAUUGAUGUUGAAAUCAACAGGAGUAAAGGUUUUUGAUUCAACCCCAAAGAAGAUGGGGGCACAAACGGACACAGAAAAGGGGAAACAUGCCCAGGUACAAUACGACGAGAAAGAAGUUGGAUUCCCAAAGAGAUACAUUCUUGCCUUGAUGAUAUUUUUGGGUUUCUGUGUUUUGUAUGCUUUAAGAGUAAAUUUAAACGUGGCCAUCGGAGCAAUGUGCAACAACCAUACAAUUUAUGUCAAUGGGUUUUAUGUUAAAAAGGUUGCUGAAUUUAACUGGGACUCGAAGCUUCAAGGUGCUGUUCUCGGUUCAUUCUACUAUGGGUACAUUGUCUUGCAAAUUCCUGGUGGUUAUUUGGCUCUCAAAUUCGGUGGUACGAGAAUUUUUGGCCUGGCACUUUUUAUGGCAUCAGUGCUUACUCUAUUGACCCCACUUGCUGCAAGGACAAGUGUAUACGCAUUGAUUGUGCUGCGUGUGCUCGAAGGCAUUGUGCUGGGAGUGCUGUUUCCUUGCAACCAUGCUAUAUGGGGUAAAUGGGCACCACCUUUGGAGAGAUCACGAUUGUUCUCAAUCACAGCUGCUGGAUGUCCCGUUGGGACCAUUCUCACUAUGCCCCUCACUGGAUUAUUGACCAAAUAUGGAUUUGAUGGGGGCUGGGCAUCAGUCUUCUACGUCUUUGGCGCUGUUGGUCUUCUUUGGUUCUUCGUUUGGUGUCUCGCGAUUCACCCGACUCCGACACAGCACCCUACGAUUUCCGGAUCUGAACGAGAAUACAUCGAAAAGAGCAUCGCUGACGUGAAGGGGGACAAACACAACACGGGUGUUCCAUGGUUGAAAAUAAUCACGUCCAUUCCUGUAUGGGCAACAAUCGUCGCCAACUUCACAGCAGAUUGGGGUCUAUACACGAUUCUUAUCUGCAUUCCAAGAUUUUUUCAGAAAGUCCUUGGAUUUGAUAUUGCAACGACUGGGUUCCUGGUCUCUUUGCCGUAUGUUAUCAAAGCCAUCGUCGGUCCAUCCGGUGGUGUUCUAGCUGACAUGCUUAUUACAUACAAAUUCUCUGUAAGAAAUGUCAGAAGACUCAUUUUCUCCUUCGGGUGCACGACCGCAAGUGUUUUCAUCGUUGCUGUUGGAUAUGCGAAAAACAAAGGAGUCGCUAUUGGGUUGCUUUGCAUGGGUGUUGGUGUUACUGGCCUCAACGCGACAGGCUACGCUGUAAACAUUUUGGAUAUUGCACCGAAGUACGCAGGUGUAAUUAUCGGAAUAAGCAAUGUGUUUGGAUCAAUGCCUGGCUUUAUCAGUCCGCAAAUUGUCGGAUACAUAACAACGAAAAAUACGGCAGCAGAAUGGCAAGUGGUGUUUUGGCUCACAGCGGUGAUCUAUGGUAUUGGCGUUGUCUUCUUCUUCUUUGCUGUCUCUGGCGACAAACAGCCGUGGGCAGAUGGUACUGAAGCAGUGCAUAAGGAGGAUAUCCCUUAUUCGAAAGACGGGAAAAAUGAAGAGGAAAAGAAGCCAUUGAUGGACGAUGAUCGGCAAUCUGAUGAUCGAGAUGGUGGCGAAGAUGGAGGACAAACGGCGACGGCAGCAGAAGGUCAACCAGAAGAGAAGAAAUGACUCAACAAAAAGAAUAGAGUCAGUGCUUGUGCACUUAGGUCUGGAAUGUAUUGAAAUACGUUCACUAUAGAGUGCUAGGUAUUAAGGAUGAUCACUGUCGAGAUCAAACCCAUUCUUGAGGGCCUCUUAUGCUCUGAUAAUGCACCCUACACAUUGCAGAAAUUGUUUACAUAUAGCAGAGUGAACAACUGACCCUAAGAACUCCGAAAUUUUCUUUCAGCACAUUGCAAAAAUGUGACUUUCAAUAGAAGCAGGGGUUGGUUCAUUUUACGAAUUGUGAGAUCGUAGAAAAAUCAUUCACAGAAUAGGGCCUUUUUUCUACCUAAAUAAAAUACACUGUGUUUAAUCAAAUAGUUCUGUUGCAUACAGAAUUUUUCCAAAUACAGAAGCCUUCAACGUUUGACCCAUGAGAUUUGUGUGGAACACGUGGUCUUAUUCUUUUACAUUCUAAUGAGAAGAACGCCAUAUAUUUAAGAUCUUCCCCUUGACCACUUGAACUUUUCUCUGUGAAGGUCAUUUCAUUUUUCCAGUUGACCUUUCCGCUUGACCUUUCCAGUUGACCUUUCCACUUGAUCUUCCCUUCCUUUCCAUUUAUAAUGCAAUGUGAAGUUACGCAGAGCCCUAAGCUGAAAGGCAAUGAAAAAUUCAGGAGAUGAUCGAUAUAUUGUUUGGAAGAAUAUAACUUAGUAUUAAUAAAUCAUGCCCCUUCAAAUGGACUAACACCAGACUGAUUUUUGUUGCUUUUAGUGUAGAUUUAAAUGAAUGUAAAGUAGUUGUACUAGUCUUAAAAUAGCUCUUUGAACGUACAAAGAAACAAAAAGAAAUAUUCUUGAAAAC